AUGCCUCAAUCCAGUCUGCUGUCCUAUUUCACCAAAUCGAUGUCAGUAGGGGGGCCCACACAGACGGACUCGGAGCGAAACCGUCGAGUUGAGAAUCAUCGUGUUGAGACCAAGCACAUCGCGUCUGCCGGCUCUUCAUUGAGCCACGGACAAGGUGUUCUUGACGUAGCGCAGAACGAGGGUGCCCAGAUCUCAACUCAUCCGGCGAAACGGGCACCAACGAAGCCGCAGCAGAAGUCCCAACCCUCGACGCCGGUGGCACGCACAGAGGAACUCGAGGACAUAUCUCCACCAUCGAAAGCUCUUUUGAAAACCCAACAACACCCGGCGGGAAUCAUACAGAUCCCCCACAUUCCAGGAGCCGCCGUUUCUCCCGUCUCGGAGGACCACUUGCAGGCGAUACGACGCCUCACGGCUACGACGCUCCCCGUUCGUUAUGGCGAUGCAUUCUUCAAAACAACGGUGACCGACCCAGUUGUGCGGCAGUUAUCUCGUGUCGCUCUGUACGACUCAGAGCCCAUUGGCUGGAUCCGAUGUCGCCUAGAGCCGUGCUCUGUGAAUAGUGCUUUCUCUACACAGACGAACCCUCCAUUAUCGCAGAUCUACAUUCAAGCAUUGGCCCUGCUUUCGCCUUACCGAAACCUCGGCAUGGCAACAUUACUUCUCAACGAGGUGCUGAGUUCGGCAGAGUCGCUAGUGGAGGAUCCAAUCUGCAUUUACGCUCACAUUUGGGAGAAGAACGAAGAUGCGCUGGACUGGUAUGCCAAGCGUGGCUUUAAACGCGUCAUGCUCGUUGAGCGAUACUACACGAAACUGAGGCCAAGUGGUGCGUGGAUUGUCAGGCGUGAGCUUGGUGACACGUGA